UUAAAAAAAAAUAAAAAUAAAAAUGGCUACCCACCAAGAAGUCUUGUUCUUUUUUCCUUAGCAAUUAUCACUUUGAGCAAAGUCUUUUUUACUGUCUUUCUGUCAGUGGAAUGUAAGGAUUCUAAAAGUAAGGAUUUUUGUCUCUUUUAUUCACUGAUAUAUCCCAAGGACCUUGGCACAUAGUACAUGCUCAAUAAAUAUUUGUUUGACUAUGUUAAAGAACCUGACCCCCCUAUUCCAAGAACACCACCUACUUACAGGUGAUUCCUGAAAACAAAAACAAUGACUCAGUUUUCCAGGGCUUCCCACCCACAGUUAGUGAUGCUUCACUUCCUCAAUGUCUCAGUUCUUCUGAGUCUCAUAUGCUAAGCUCACUGGAGCCCCGGGAGCAGCUCUCACCCAGGCUCUCCACUCAGCCAUAAUUGCCGCAACGAACAGGGACUACAAGGGAGAGGAAGUUCUAGGCCGCAUGUGGAGCAGCACCACUACCAACAGCAUUUUCCAAUUUGGACAAUGGUCAAGCAUUACAAUUUUUUGGCCACAUCCAUGGCAUAUUGAAGUUCCUGGGCCAGGGAUGAACCCAUGCCACAGCAGUGACAAUGGCAGAUCCUUAAGCUGCUGCGCCACCAGCCAUCCUUACUCUUAGUAAAGGAAAGAGUGAAGGAUGAGAGGUGCUGGGUGUCAUCUCCAGGUAAAGCCAGGUGACCUUGCUUGUCCCCUGGAACUGCAGGAACCCAGAGGGAUCAUUAUGAAAUAGCUGAGUUAUGAAUCAUGACUGUGAUGACUCGUCCACUUCCUUUGUUUCCUCCAGCUCCUUCAAGAAAUGAGCAGUAAGUCCUGAUAACAAGAAGCCAUACAAAGUAACUUUCUAGGUUAUUCCUGCUAUAGCUCAGGCCAGAAAAAAGCAGUCCUUACCACCACAGUGAUUGGCUCUUCCCAGAAUCAGAACCAGAGGUGUAUCUAAGAGAUAAUAAAUGACAACUCCCCCUGAAAUUCAUUUUGGGUUUAUACGUGGGUUAGGUGCUUUAUUAGAGUCAUUAAAACCAUGUGGCUAGGGGCCAGAGCUAGUCUUUGAGUGGGAGGAUUAAUGCUUCCUCAUUGCUGAAGAUGUUUAGGCAGGUGUCCUAGCUCCAUAGGUAUCCACUUAUUUGGAACAUGUAAGUUGAGAGGCAUGACCCUGAUUCAUUUCCUAAUCCAGGCUGUUCCCCAGCCUUCCCCCAAACAGAAGCAACACAGGCCAGGCAAACUCAUAAGAAGUUAGUUGUUGAGAAGAGGCCCUCAGAAAUCCAAGGCCCAGUGGUGAGCAGGUGUGUCCCAAGGAGCAGGAGCCACAGCAGGAGGACUCAGUGAGCAGGUGAGACACAAUGGCAUGUGGGUGAGUAGAGAGGAAAGAGAAGGGAUGCGUUCUGGCAGAUAAGAGGACACUCAGGUGGGUGACAACAUGGACAAGGGAGGGACGCAAUGUCAAGGGGAUGAGGACACACAUGGGGAGAGAAGAGAGAGAUCCUGGGGGAUGGAGGCAUAAAGUGGGGAUAUGGACAAAAGGGUGAUGAAGUCAUGGAGGGGACGAGACACAGCGAAAGGGGUAGGAGCAUAGGGACACAAAGGGAUAGGAUUUGAGGGAGAGGAGAUGGAACAAGGCGUGGGAGGCAAGAGGGACAGAAUGAAGGAGGAUGAGGUUACAAGAUGAGGGCGGUGGGGCCAUACAGUUGGUGGUAGCCCAUAGCAUUUGUGGGCACACAGAGGGAAAGGAAGGGACAAGACAUAGGGUGAGGGAUGAAGAAGACCGUAGAGGAGGGAGACUGGUGAUUAGCUAGAAGGAGCAGACUUAGGCAGGCUAAUUUCCCCCUUCCUGCUCUCUGUCCCCAGAGACCCCAGCCCUCUGUUCUGACGGUUUCCCCUAGGAGAGAUGGCACCAGCCAGAGCAGGAUUCUGCCCUCUGCUGCUGCUCCUGCUCCUGGGGCAGUGGGUGGCCAAGGACCCAGUCAGUGCCAAGCCCAGACAUAUGACUUCAGCUCAGUGGUUUGAAACCCAGCACGUGCAGCCCAGACCUCAGGGAUGCAACACUGCGAUGGGUGCCAUCAACAAGUACUCAAAACGCUGCAAAGCCCUCAACACCUUCCUGCAUGAAUCCUUCUCCAGCGUGGCCACCACUUGUCAGACCUCCAUCAUAGCCUGCAAGAAUGGCCAUGAAAACUGCCAUCAGAGCCAGAAGCCUGUAUCCCUGACCACGUGUAAGCUUACCUCGGGGAGGUACCCAGACUGCAGGUACAAAGAGAAGCAACUGGUUGCUCCUUAUAUUGUAGCCUGUGAACCUCCCCAGAAAGAGGACUCUGGGAAACUCCAGCUGGUUCCUGUCCACUUGGACAAAGUCCUUUAGGUUUCUAGCCUUCUUCGUGCUUGGGCCAUGCCUUAAUUCCCUCUCCAGGACUCUGGAUCACUCUUAUGCCCAGAAGGUUCCCUUCUGACAUCUCUUGGGGCCCUUCUUAGCUCAGGCUCCUCUGAGGGGUGUGGAGGGUUGAGGCUGAUACCUUAGUCGUCUAAGCUCCAGAAGAGAUGGUGUUUCAACUCUUUGUUGCUGUUUUCCCAGGAGCUUACCCCCAGGAAGCUUAGGGGUGUGGGUUCCUUGGUCUGUGCCUCACACAUCUCUCCCCUGCCCCCUCUUCUCAUGGCACCAUGACAAGAAAAGGAAAGAAAUGGAAAAGGAGUGUGUGGGAUUUAUGGAAAGAGUUAUGGCUGUCCCUAAACCAGGCCCCUUUCCCAGCUGUGAUGUGGUCGUGAAGUGGCCCGAGUUCAGAGAGGCAACCAGAAGGAAAGACGGCCAAGAGUCACCUCUUCAUAUUGACACAGCAUUUUACACCUUUCCCCCUGUGUCCUUUGAGACAUAGACUUGACAGGGAUCCCUUGCCUUCUUUGCAGAUGAGGACGUUGAGACUUCAGAAAGCUUGAUUAAUUAAAAAGCUUGUCAAGUUGUUAGUAGCAGAACCUGGACUUGAAACCAGGUCUCCUGCCUCUAAAUACUUUCUUUACUGCUGGGCAAAAAAGGGGGAGACUUCUGCAGGGGCCAGAGGGAAACUAGGUAAGAGUUCAUCCGUGAAGAAAUGUACUGAGAGCUCUGAAGAGCUGGUUACCCUGUGUUGGCUGCAGGAAAGGUCAUUGGCUCUGUAGCCAAGGGACUAUUUAUGAGGUGCCCCGGGGAUCUUAAUUCACUCCCCACCCCCCGACCCCCACCUCUCAGCCCUCCUCCUUCACUAGCCCACUGCUCCCCCGCCCUGGGCCCCAGACUUGACUCUGGCUUGACAGUCUAGGACUGAAGGCCUAGUGUCAGGGGAGUGUCCCAGCUUUAUCCCCCUGCUCCAGGAUCACAUUUCCCUUGACCUCAAGGGACUUCCGUGGCUCAGUGCCUGCUUGUCACAAACAAGCUGGUGGGAGCUGCCA